AGGAAGCUGCGGCAACCUUCUGCACUCCUGCGCCAGAAAUGCAGGCUUAGCAGCUUUGCGAGGCCGCCAGGGUGGCAUGUCUGCCAGAGCAACAGCACGGGCUCUCAUUGGUUGGGGGGCCGACCUUCAAGAAUUGGAUGCCACUGGCAAGACACCGCUGCAGUUGGCCUUAGCGCCCAGCGAAUGGCCUCGCUCCUUUGACCUUGCGCGGACACUGCUGGAGGAGGGAGCAGACCCAGAACAGCCAGGGACUGACCAUGAGACGCUGCUUAUGCAGGCUGCAAGAGAAGGUGACUUCCAAAGCUGUGAGUUGCUCUUGGAGUUUCGAGCAGAUCCAUUAAGGAGACGAAAGGAUGGUCAGACAGCCAUUACUUUGGCAUCGCACGAGGAUGUACCUCGACAGGUCUUGCUGACACUACGAAGUGCACUUACCCGUGAUUUGGCCGAAGAGUCCGUUGGAAAUAUCCAGGACCCAUCGGCCACAGGCCGCUCUGCAAGCUCUAGGCGAUCGCUUGGAGUUUUCUCUCGCAUGGCCAACAGCACGGAGGAUCCUCCAAUGGCAAAGAGGCGUUCAACGCCUGGAGCCUUUUCCAAAUUGCAAACCUCGGAGGAGUUGACCCCACCUCUCUCGGAUCAGGCAAAGAGCCUG